AUGGUGCGCUUGAGUGUGGUUGCAGCGCUCUUUGCUGCGGUGGCGAGCGCCGUCGACUUUGAUAAGCUCUCCGUCACAAAGGGACAUAGUCGUUUACCAGGUGCUUAUAUCUUUGAGUUUGAAGAAGAUCAUGACUGUGCCGACUUCUUAGCAAAGGCCUCGUCACAAGGCAAGACUCGUAUGCAGUACAACUACAAGCUGUUCAAGGGAGCUUCGAUCCAGUUCACCGAUGUUGAUAAUGCCGAGGAUAUCUCAGCAAGGAUGGCCAUGCUGCCUGGUAUCAAGAAAAGAUGGCCCGUUCAGGUGUUUAGCAUUCCCAAGCCAGAGGUUCAUUGGACAGGCACGCCGGGCACGGAUUAUACUGCUAUCAAGAAGAGAGGUUUCGAAGAGAGGGAUCUAGCCAAUGAUACUUUCUCGCCUCAUGUUAUGACACAAAUUGAUAAGCUCAGAGACGAGGGUGUUACGGGCAAGGGUCUCAAGGUUGCUCUCGUUGACAGUGGUAUUGACUACAAACAUCCCGCACUGGGAGGCUGUUUUGGUCCCAAGUGUCUCGUCUCCUUCGGCACUGAUCUCGUCGGCGACGACUACGACGGCUUCAACAACGCCAAGCCUGACGACGACCCCAUGGACUGCGCUGGCCACGGUACCCACGUCGCUGGUAUUCUGGCGGCACAAAAGAACUCUAUGGGGUUCACUGGAGCUGCACCAGGAGUUAGCAUUGGAGCAUACCGCGCGUUCGGCUGCAAUGGCGAGGCUGGAAACGACGUCCUCAUCGCAGCCUUCAACCAGGCCUUCGAAGAUGGUGCAGAUAUCAUCUCUGCUUCUAUCGGCGGUCCGUCCGGCUGGUCAGAAGACCCCUGGGCUGUGGCUGUUUCUCGUAUCGUCGAGCAGGGCGUUCCUUGUGUUCUUGCCGCUGGAAAUGCGGGCGCCACAGGAAUGUUUUACACCAGCACGGCGGGCAAUGGAAAGAGGGUUACUGCUGUUGCGUCUUUUGACAAUACGAAGUCUCUUUCACUUCUGAAUGAGUCCACAUACAGCGUAAGUGGAGGACCAGAGCAUGAGUUUGGGCAUCUGAGUGGUAAGCCUGGCACCUGGAAGGGUGUCAAGCUUCCCUUAUGGGCACUCAACUACGACACUGCAGUUCCUGACGACGGCUGCGAUGCGUUUCCCAAGAACACGCCUGAUCUGAGCAAGUAUAUCGUCCUUCUCCGACGAGGUUCAUGCACGUUCGAAGCCAAAGCUACCAACGCUGUGAAAGCUGGUGCGAAGUACAUUAUGUUCUACAGCAACAAAGAAGACCUCUCCCCGUUCGAUAUCUCAACCGUUGACGGCGUCAAGGCUGCGAGUAUAGUGUCCCCUGCACAGGGCAAGGACUGGAUCCAGGCCCUCAAGAGCAAGAAGAAGAUUGUUCUGAGCAUGUCGGAUGGCAGUGACGGCGAUGUCAUCCUGGAGGAGAACCGCAACAACAUCACGGGUGGUGCUGUCAGCGCCUUUUCCUCUUGGGGCCCAACCUGGGAAAUGGAUGUGAAGCCUCAAUUCGGAGCACCAGGUGGUAAGAUCCUCUCCACAUACCCCCGUAGCAUGGGCAGCUAUGCUGUCCUAUCAGGCACAUCUAUGGCCUCACCUCUCGUGGCUGGCAUCUUUGCCCUCAUUGCUGAAGUCCGAGGAUCUCGUGAUCCAGCUCUGAUCGAGAAUCUUCUCUCAGCCAGCGCAAACCCGCAACUCUUCAACGAUGGCAAGGCCUUUUACGAUUUCCUUGCCCCAGUUCCUCAGCAAGGUGGCGGUCUCCUGCAGGCUCACGAUGCCGCCCACGCAAAGAUUCUGCUGUCCCCUUCGAGUCUCUCCUUCAACGACACGGAUAACUUUGCCGAAUCGCUCAACUUUACCCUCAAAAACACGGGAAAGAAGCAGAUUGAUCUGCAGAUCUCCCACGUCCCUGCCGUUACCAUGUUUACCCUCGUCGAGAACACUAUCUACCCGGAUACCUUCCCCAAUGACUUUGCCAAGGAGCAAGCCAGUGUUAAGUUUAGCGAGUCCAAGGUGACAAUCGAUGCAGGCAAGAGUAUCGUGAUAGAAGUUCUCGCCACGCCUCCCAAGGGUCUCAACGUAACUCGUCUGCCCGUCUGGUCCGGCUACGUCGCCAUCAAUGGCACCGACGGUACUUCCCUGUCAAUCCCUUAUCAGGGCCUCAGCGGUUCGCUCCACGACUCCAAGGUCCUCGGACCCAACGAUGUAUGGAUCGCCAACUCAACCGACGAGAACCGUUUCCCCAUGGCAGCCAACUCAAGCUGGACGCUCCCCAAGCCCGGCACCGCAAACAACUUGACCGACUCACUUCCCGGGCUAACCUGGUUCUUCGCACUUGGCUCAGCCAAGCUCCACGCCGAGAUCAUACCCGCCACCACCGAGAAGCCAUCUGCGUCGAAGAAACCGCGUGUCAUUGGCGAGCCUGUCGACUUUCCCCUGCUGUGGAACCCAAUGGGUGCCAACUCGCAGGCUUUCACUGGUGAGCUUGCGGAUGGAAGCUUUGCGCCUGCGGGUCAGUACGUUGUUCGAUACAGAGCACUGAGGAUCUUUGGAGACGAGAAAAAGAAGGAUGAUUGGGACGAGGCAUAUUCGCCUGUUUUCUCAAUCGAGUACGAAUAG